UGAACAAAUGGUGGAAUUCAACCACUUACGAAGGGGAAACACGAGAAAUGAAUAAGUUCACUUUUGUGUUCAUCAUUAUCGUACUUGCUCUGUCGGGAAGUGGCGAAGGAAACAGAAAUGUCCAAGAUCGCAGUUCAACUUAUAAUCUACUAAAGUUAAAUAAAAGAAGUGGUAGAAUUCUUAAUGAAAUUUUAGGUCCUAUAAUUGGUAAUCCUACUACUACUAAAAAACCUACUGUUAAACCGACCACUACACCUGUUGCGACGACUAAAGAACCUACCACUAUGCCUGCUGUUACACCUACCGAAGAGCCUACCACAACACCUACUGUUACACCUACCGAAGAGCCUACCACCACACCUACUGUUUCACCUACCGAUGAGCCUACCACAAUACCUACUGUUACACCUACCGAAGAACCUACCACCACACCUACUGUUACACCUACCGAAGAGCCUACCACCACACCUNGAAAACAACUCCCAAAUCGCUAUACGAAUACCACAAUGUUGAAUAGGGUAUAG